GGAAAACGCGACAGGGAUUUAACCGGCACAAUAAAUCUGAACUAGGUCAUUUACCGCAGAUGCGAUUUGUUAUCGCUAUCCAGGAAAAUGUCAGGAGACUCGGAUUUCGCUGAGCAUUUAUUUAAAGUUUUGGUGAUCGGAGACCAUAAAGUUGGGAAAACCAGCUUCGUUAAACGAUAUGUGAAAAAUCUAUUCUACGAGGAGCUGAAAACGACUAUAGGUGUGGAUUUUUCCAUGAAGGUGAUAGACUGGGACGGUCACACACGGGUCAGAUUACAGCUUUGGGAUAUAGCAGGUCAAGAGCGUUUAAGGGGGCUAAACCGCGUGUACUUCAAGGGAUCCAGUGGUGCGCUUGUUGUCUAUGACGUGACAAACGGAUCAACUUUGGAUGGAGCUCUGAACUGGAAACAUGAACUUGAUGGUCAAGUAAUGCAGAAAAAUGGCCGUCCGAUACCUGCUGUUCUACUGGCCAAUAAAUGUGAUGAGAUUAAAGCGUGCCGGAGGAACGCCUCUCUUCUGGAGAAACUAUGCCAGGAGAAGGGCUUCGUUGGAUGGUUUCCAACAUCAGCAAAGGAGAACAUCAAUGUGGAUGAAGCUGCUCAACUCCUUGUGAAGCACAUUCUCCAAAACAACGAGGCAUCAGUUCAAGAAGAAGAGCAGAACAUCAACCUGAGGCAGCGGUCAAAGAGCUCCUCUACAUGCUGCUGAUUCACAAACUCAAGAGGGUAUAUAUAUCUGUGCGGAACUCCAGUUCAUCGAUCUUUCUGUAUAGCGUAUCAUUUUGCAAUGCGUAUACAUUUUAUUUUAUUGUCAACGAUUAAUGCUCAUCUAAACAUUUGUCGGGCCACGAACAAGUACCAUGUCGAAUGAGUUUCAUGCUGAGUAACUAAUAAAUACCUCUGCGGCGA